AUGGACGCCCAAGCCUACCUAAUCAAGCACGGCUGGUCCGGUCCCGGCAACCCGUUAAACCCAAACAAACGACCCGGCGCACACAGCGGCCUAGGCCUAACCCGACCACUGCUCGUCUCGCGAAAAACCAACAACCACGGCGUGGGCAAGAAGACAACCAAAGACCCGACGAACCAGUGGUGGUUGCGCGGGUUCGAAGACGCGCUGAAGGGCGUCGGGAAUGACAGUUUCGAGGCGACCUCUGCGCGCGAGAACAAUGCGCUGACGAGCGAGCUUUAUCGGCAUUUUGUGAGGGGGGAUGGGUUGGCUGGGACGCUUGAGGGGAAGAAAGACGAGAGCGCGUCUACUUCUACCUCUACGUCUACGUCCACCUCCAAGUCAAAGCGCAAGCGGGAAAAUGAGGACGAGGGCGAACGCAAGGCUAAGAAACUGGCCAAGGCUGCGCGGAAGGUGGAGAAGGCGCAGAGGAAGGAGGCGAGGCGUGUGAAGAGGGCUGCGAAGGCGGAGCGGAAGGAGAAGAAGAUUGCUGGGAAGCUUGCGAAGAAGGCUUUAAAGGAGAAGAAGCGGACUGCUUCUGAGGAGGAUUAUCCAACGCCCAGGUCGAUUGAUCAGGAAUCUGAUCUGACUGGGGCGGAGACUACGGGGACGGAUGAGGCUAUUACGCGGUUAGAGGAGAAGGCGGCGAAAAAGGAAAAGAAGGAGAGCAAGAAGACUAAGAGCAUAGGAGAUAAUGUGGGCGCUGAAGACUCGAAAAAGAAGUCUAAAAAGGAGAAGAAGGAUAAGAAGGAAGCUAAGGCUUGA